CACUGCCUCCUGAUUUUCCUUUUCUCAAGGUAAAACUCACUAAAAUAUCAAAUGUUAUCCACAUGAGUUUGUGCUCUUUCCAGCACCUCAAAAAAACCAAAAAAAAAAAUUUUCAAAAGAAUAUCCAGUUCCAAAUUAUAAUCAUCAGAAAGCAAGAGGACAGAAAUUUCAAAACAGGCCCCAAGAAGCAAAAAUCACUCCUGCAAGGCCAUAUCUUUUAACACCAUCAUAUUCCUUCCAAGACUCUCAGGGGAAGAGCUAGAGAUGGCUCUGGAAAACUGUUUUCAAUUGAGCUCAGUUUGCACCACUAGAACUAGUGUGCUGCAAAGCUACCAUCAUUUUUCCUCUGUUGAGAAGGUUCAUUUGCCGAUAUUGAGCGGGUUGAAAAAACCCAAUUUAUCAUUCACUUCAUCUUCCUCAUCUUUUCCUCAUUCAUUCGCCGGCAGAUGCCAAAAAUCCAGGCUCAUCUGCAAAGCUCGUGAAGCUGUUGAUACAGUUGACGAGGUGACAGAAGCAAACUGGGCUAAGCUUGUGGUUAGCAGUGAAACUCCAGUUUUAGUGGAGUUUUGGGCACCAUGGUGUGGACCCUGUCGCAUGAUCGAGCCAGUUAUCGCCGAGUUAGCGAAAGAAUAUGCUGGAAAGAUUGCUUGUUACAAACUCAACACUGAUGACAGCCCAAACAUUGCCACGGAGUUCGGGAUUAGGAGCAUCCCAACAAUGCUGUUUUUCAAAGAUGGAGAGAAGAAAGAGAGCGUCAUCGGUGCAGUGCCCAAGUCUACCUUGGCUGCUACCAUUGACAAAUAUGUUGACAGCUGAACCUGAAUUCCAAACACAUCAGAAGUUUGUUGUAAAAUGCAAGAGCCACAUGGUCCGUUCAUGCCAUGCCAGUUUUUAUAUAUCAUUCAUUCAAAAUGGCACAUCUAUGAACAUUUUCUUCGUCUAAUAUGUUGUAAAUAUAAUUAGUACUAUUCUGUAACAAAAAUCCUUUUACUUUGUCAUCCUCGAUGCUCUUUAAUUAACCUUUAUUUUAAACAAUAAUAGCUUUCU